GACACAUACACACACACACAGAAGCAGAAUCUGAAGCAGGCUCCAGGCUCUGAGCUGUAAGCACAGAGCCCGACAUAGGGCUUGAACUCACAAAGCAUGAGAUCAUGACCUGAUUCAAAGUCCCAUGCUUAACUGACUGAGCCACCCACAUGCCACCAGGAGCAUUUUUCUAUAUUUCUUUGGUUAAUUAUAGGCACCCCGUUGUUCAAGGAGGAUGACACAUACUGCUAUUACCACUUAGGGGGAUAUCCAAUAGGAUAUGUUGGGGUUCAGCUUACUAGCAGAGUCUGUGUGAUCUCCAAACUCUUGUGUCCUACAGAGAGUGUGCUUUAGACUUUGAUUAGACUGGACUCACCAUGGCUAGUAGGCUAUCUGGUAAAUCGUGAUCUCACUCCCGUCACACUCCCACAACAUGGCAAGCAGCAUCCAAACCUUUGUGCAGUGGUAGAAAUUUCUUGGUGAGGGAAGUGGGUUUUCUAGAAAGAGGGCACCUCCAGACCUCAGCAGCUGCUAGCAGCCUGCUCCUGGUUGAGGUGACUCAGACCUGCUGGGCCAGCGCAUUGCCACGUCACUGUAACGGGAAGAAACGAGCCUCCGUGGCUACCUGGAUUUGUCUUUCUUCACGUGUAAUAAUGUUUGAGGGAGGAAGGGAAAGAGGAUGACAGAGUGUGGUCAUGAGGCUCCAUCUGCUGGCACUGGGCUCUUAGUGUCAUACUUUUACGAACAUGUAUCCAGCAUCUUUUCUUUCUCAUUUCUUCCACUUUGCAGUCUUUGCUCAUGUGGCAUGUUAAGAAAAAAAAAAUCUUAAUGCGUUCAUCCCUUGUUUUCCAUUUCACACUGCAAAAAUGCCGUUCCAAAGAUCAUGAUCUUGGGAUAGAAUGGCAAUGAGAUGGUUCUUUGAGGGCCCUCAGCUUUCCUUUGUCUUCUUAAACCAUUCUGAUCUGGCUCUUCUGGAAGUCACCAAAUAAUUAUUAAUAGGCGUAUUUAAUCCUUUUAAGAAAUUUGUGACAUAGUGUCAGAGAUUAACACAGCCAGACACUAGUUAAAGUGGUGAAAACAGAUUUUAAUUAGUAACUACUGACAGUAGGAGAAAGAGCUCAGCUCCGUUCCAGUUUGUGAGAAAUGAUUCGGAUGUUUUAAAGGGAGACUAGGAAGGGAGAGCAGAGCAGGGACUCCGUAGGGCCAGAGUAGAAUUACAAAGGAUUGGUCCGUGCAAAUGCAGUACCAGCCAGCCGUGUUUCCUGCUAGCAGUUAUCAAAGUUAGGAUUCUGUCCUACUGUGGACACUGGGACAGAGGCCCCAUCCUUCCCGAUGACUACAUUCCAAAGGAAUGGCCCUUAGGUCCUUGAAAGCAACACUUCUGAGCAGCAAGAGAUACAUAUUCCAACUGUAGUUCCCUUUCAAUAAAUACUUUAAGAAGGGGAGGCCAGGGGUCUGUUGACAGGUGUUGCUGGAACAAAUGGCACACUUUCCUGGCAGCAUUUUUAGUUUUCUCAGGCAGGCUUUUAAUGGGGGUGCUGGGGACAUCCUGGCUUUAUGCUGCUGGAAGCCAUAGAAGAGUUUGGUCAGAUUUUUUAGUGCAGGGUUUAGGUGGAGUUACGUGCCAGGAACAGGCACUGUUAUCCCCAUUUUACAGGUGGGGAGCCUAAGCACAGAAAUGAAUAACUCACCCAGGAUCAUAUUGCUAAUAAGUGGUAGAGCGGAGAUUUGAGUGGACAACCGGGACCCCUGAACAGUGUGUUCUACUGCCCCUUAGCAGUGACAGAGGCUCAGGGGAGGCCAUGUAAUCCUGGUCCUCAAAGAGCGCAUGGUCCAGUGGAAGGGACCAGAUGCCGGAAACAGAUCAUUGUAAUUCGUGCAGUUUUAAAAAUACCCAUUCAGCUGCCCUCUGCCUGUCUGUCGAGGACACCAAAAGCUUUCUCUCUCACCUGGUUUCUUCUUUUAGCCACUUCACACGGUCACCCCCCAGCCAGGCCCGCAACUCCGUACCUCGCCACGACCUCACACACGUUCUGUCCUAAAUCCUAUCCACUACUGUCUCGUCCUGACCUGCUUCUGACGUUUGGAGUCAGUCCGGUGUCCUAGUGCCAUCACCAGCCUGAGACUCUGCCGUGUUAUACUGCCAUGGACAGCAACCAUCAAAGUAAUUACAAACUGAAUAAAACUGAGAAGAAGUUCUUAAGGAAACAGAUUAAAGCCAGGCAUACUUUGCUGAGACAUGAAGGCAUUGAGACAGUAUCGUAUGCCACCCAGAGCCUGGUUGUGGCCAAUGGUGGAUUGGGUAAUGGUGUGAGUAGGAACCAGCUGCUCCCAGUGUUAGAGACGUGUGGACCAGUAGAUGCUCUCUUAAUGCCUCCUAACAAGCCCUACUCAUUCGUGAGCUACAAAACUGCAGAAGAAUCCAAGAAAGCCUACGUCACCCUCAACGGAAAGGAAAUAGUGGAUGAUUUAGGACAAAAGAUCAUUCUGUACUUCAAUUUUGUGGAAAAAGCACAAUGGAAAGAGUUGGGGCUUCAGGCCUUACCUCCAGGCCUCAUGGUAGUAGAAGAAAUUAUUUCUUCUGAGGAUGAGAAAAUGCUUUUGGAAAGUAUUAACUGGACAGAAGAUACAGGCAAUCAAAAUGUUCAAAAAUCUUUAAAGCACAGAAGAGUAAAGCACUUUGGUUAUGAAUUCCACUAUGAAAACAACAAUGUGGAUAGAGGCAAGCCAUUACCUGGGGGUCUUCCUGACAUUUGUGAUAGCAUUUUGGAGAAAUGGUUGAAAGAAGGUCACAUUAAACACAAACCCGAUCAGUUGACUGUAAACCAGUAUGAACCUGGGCAUGGAAUUCCUGCUCAUAUUGACACACAUUCUGCUUUUGAGGAUGAGAUUGUUUCUCUCAGUCUGGGGUCAGAGGUUGUCAUGGACUUUAAGCACCCAGACGGCAUCACAGUGCCCGUUAUGUUGCCUCGUCGGAGUUUGCUGGUGAUGACCAGAGAAUCUAGAUACCUCUGGACACAUGGAAUCACACCCAGAAAAUUUGAUACCGUUCAAGCAUCCAAGGGUCACAAAAGUGGAAUUAUCACCAGUGAUGUUGGAGACUUAACUUUAAGCAAGAGGGGAAUAAGGACAUCUUUUACAUUUAGGAAAGUGAGGCAAACACCUUGUAAUUGUAGUUACCCUUUGGUCUGUGACAGCCAGAUGAAGGCGACCCCCCCAUCAUUUCCAGAGAGCGAAAGAGAAGCCUCACAACUGGAGCAAGAGUAUGUCCACCGAGUCUAUGAGGAGAUUGCUGGGCACUUCAGCAGCACACGACAUACCCCUUGGCCACAUGUGGUGGAGUUUUUGAAAGCUUUGCCCCGUGGUUCGUUAGUGGCUGAUGUUGGCUGUGGAAACGGAAAGUAUCUUGGCAUCAAUAAGGAGUUAUAUAUGGCAAGUAAUUGUUGCCUCUGGCUCUCUUUUGCUUUAUUUGUAAGGGUUGUUAGCACCUUCUGCCUUAUGAUAUAAUGUUGUUUGUUGAUAAGGCCAUUACAGAAAAGUUAUAACCAACAGAUGGAAAAUUAAUGAGCACUCAUUCUUAUUUAUUCCCUGAGAAUUUGUGGGCAUGCAUGCCAUUAUUUGUAAUUUCCCCCUUCCCUUUCCUUAGAUUUUGCUUCCUGAGAUUAUUUUAUCAGUAAUACUAUCUUAUAUCUGUAAAACUCUUUACAGGUUAGAAAGGAUAUUUACAUUUUUUUUAAUGUUUAUUCUGAGAAAGAGCUUGCAAGUGGGGGAGGGGCAGAGAGAGAGAGAGAGGGAGAGAGAGAGAAUCCCAAGCAGGCUCUGUGCUGUCGGCGUAGAGCCUGACAUGGGACUCAAUCCCAUGAGCCAUGAGAUCAUGACCUGAGCGGAAAUCAAGAGUUGGACACCUAACUGAGCCACCCCACGUGCCCCUGGAAAGGAUAUUUAUAGAAGCCAUUUGCUUUGCUUUGAUCCUCCUAAAUAUGAGAAAGUUAAAGCAGGUAUUUUCUGGUUUUUUUAAUCCUUUUAUUUAUUUAUUUGUUUGUUUAUUUACUUACAUCCAGUUUAGUUAGCAUAUAGUGCAGUAAUCAUUUUAGGAGUAGAAUCCAGUGAUUCAUCCCCUACAUAUAACACCCAGUGCUCAUCCUAACAAGUGUCCUCCUCAAUGCCCUUUGCCAAUUUAGCCCAUCCCUCCACCCACAAUCCCUCCAGCUAACCUCAGUUUGUUCUCUGUAUUUAAGACUCUCUUAUGUUUUGUCCCCGCCCUGUUUUUAUAUUAUUUUUGCUUCCCUUCCCUUAUGUUCCUCUGUUUUGUAUCUUAAAUUCCACAUGAGUGAAGUCCUAUGA